AUGGCAAUAAAUUUUGUAUCUUGGAUCAUCCUUCUUCAUCUUCUCCUAAUCCUAUUGUGUUCACAUGGAAACCAAGCAAGGGAAUUGGUUGAAACAGAAAACAAAUCAUUGAAAAUUCAACACAACCAUCAUCAUCAUCAACAACAUAAUCAUAUGACUCAUAAUAUUGAUCCUUCAUUAAUGGUGUUUUUCACUUUGAAAGAUUUGAAAGUUGGAAAAAAAAUGCAAAUUUAUUUCCCUAAGAGAGACCCUUCAACUUCUCCAAAGUUAUGGUCAAAAGAAGAAGCUGAAUCACUUCCUUUCUCAUCAAACCAACUCUCAUAUCUUCUCAAAUUCUUCUCUUUUUCUCCAAACACUCCACAAGCCAUGGCUAUGGAAAACACCUUACAAGAAUGUGAAAGCAAACACAUCAAAGGAGAAGUCAAAUUCUGUGCUACUUCAUUACAAUCCAUGCUUGAAUUCACACAAAACACUCUUGGUUCAAAUUCUGAAAUCCAAGUCUAUGCAACUUUGCAUAAAACAAAAUCAAGUGUUACUUUUCAAAAUUACACUAUAGUUGAAAUUUUGAUGGAAAUUCUAGCUCCAAAAAUGGUGGCUUGUCACACUGUGCCUUACCCUUUUGCUGUUUUUUAUUGUCAUAGUCAAGAAAGUGAGAAUAGGGUGUAUAAAGUAUUAUUGGGAGGUGAGAAUGGAGAUAAAGUUGAAGCUAUGGUUGUUUGUCACAUGGAUACAUCACAAUGGGCACCAAGUCAUGUUUCAUUUCAAGUUCUUGGUGUUACACCAGGAAGUUCUUCUGUGUGUCACUUUUUUCCAGCUGAUAAUUAUAUUUGGAUCCCUAAGUUGAAAUCACAAGGUUCAUCUAGCAUGUGA